CAGAGUCUGGGACAUGUGAUCCUAAAUAGUAUGAACAGCUGAUAGGGUAGAACCCAAGGUCCCAUACUUCAUAUAUAAAGCCUGAUGUUAGUGAGAGAUCCUAUGUGAGUUCUGACUUGACAGAAUGAAUACCUUCCAGGUUCUAUUUCUCUUGGCUGCAAGCCUCUCUGCCGGUGAGUACAACUUAACAAAUCUGCUCAUCUGCACGCAUGAUGGUCGUGGACAGAUCCAUCUUCUAGUAGAGUUUAAAUAUAAUCACGAUUGUGCUUGUUGCGUUUUAGCCCAGUCCCUGGACUACAAGGCACUCACCCAGUUUAGAAGGAUGAUCCUGUGUGUGAUGCCUGAUAGCUGGCCUGUUUUUGACUACUCCGACUAUGGCUGCUACUGUGGAAAAGGAGGCUCUGGCACACCUGUUGAUGAUCUGGAUAGGUGCUGUGAAGUGCACGACAAGUGUUACAAUGAUGCUAUGCAACACCCUGAGUGCUGGCCCAUCCUCGACAACCCUUACACUGAGUUCUAUGACUACAGCUGUGACAAGGAAAAUAAGAAGGUCACCUGUGGCAACAAAAACAACGAAUGUGAGAUGUUCAUCUGUGAGUGUGACAGGAAGGCCGCAGAGUGUUUUGCCGUAUCACCUUGGAUCCCUGAGCACGAGCACCUGCCCAGCGACCGCUGUCAGUAAAGUCCAAAGAGCUGUAUCAAAUAAGGAAUUUAUGCUUCAACAUGAAACAUCCAUGACAAGUGACGGAUCAUUUUGCCAUUUUGCAGUAGAUCCUUGGCUUAUUAGUUAUAUUCACCCUCUCUCAUUUUGCCAAGUUACCAUAGAGGGCACUAUGGUCCAACUUUUCAAAUUUCCAAGUUUGCAGGGUGAAAUCAGUAGUGCAGCGUGGUUUAGAGCACACAGACGAGAUGUUUUGUGUGUGUCAGCUGUCCCAGUAUACUUUCUGUGAAUGUCCUGUUAUGUAAUAUUUGCAUAUAAUCAGAUAAUAAAAAUGCAUUUGCUUAGAAA